CGUACAGGGUAUUGAUGAGAGUGCUUUGUACGGACCACGAUGUUUGAGCUGUACAGGGCUACGUGACCCCUCGACCUGCCGGAAAACCGUCCAGUGUUGGGCGUCCGAGCUAUGCUACUCGGAGAGCUACAUGCACGAGGAUGGACACAUGCUGUACGACUUUGGCUGUAAGAUUGAGGACGAAUGCACCUUACUUCAGCAAUCGCGUCAUCCCCAGAAACGAUUAGACAUAACGGUGGAUUUGUGUGAGGAAUGUUGUCAUGGCGACCUUUGCAACAUGGACACCUGUGUAAACAGUACAGACACAGAAGGCUUGGCAUGUUAUUCCUGCGCAGUGGAGGGGAAUCCCCAUGACUGUCACACUAUCACCAGAUGUAGAUCAAACCAGAUGUGUUAUGCUGAGAAGUUUAUUACCGAUAGCCCACAUCCCCUUCACACUCUGGGAUGUCUAUCAACAGAGAUCUGUCACGUGAUCAAUUCCGGUGCUCAGUCGCUCUUGGGGAAACGAUCUGAUAGCGUCAUGAGGUCUAAACGUGUUACACAUUUGUGUCAGUCAUGUUGCAAUACUGCGGGAUGUAAUGUGGAGCUAUGUGACAGCGAUGAGGUGUCAACGAUCUCAAGGCCGUCGGAGAGAACUACUAACCCAAUUUCGUACACAACAUCCAUGUAUGUGUCAACCACAACGCAUCCGCCAACAACGACUUCAAUUGAUGAUGUCUUUCAAAUCCGGCUGGUGGGUGGGGGCUCACCACGUGAGGGACGGGUGGAACUGUAUCUUCCUAGCCAAUGGGGCACAGUUUGUGACGACAGAUUUGAUGACAAUGCCGCUGCGGUGAUCUGCCAUACCUUGGGAUAUCCCAGAACUGGGGCUAAGGCAUGGGGUAAAGCUCAUUUUGGUCAGGGUAAGGGGCCUAUUUGGUUGGACGAGGUUUAUUGUGAGGGACAUGAAAACAGCCUUCUGGACUGUUCACAUCGACCUUUGGGAGAUUCCAACUGCGACCAUUCGGAAGAUGCCGGAGUGACUUGCUAUGUUCCAUCAUGCAUGCCUGGUUCCGUGCAGUUUGGAAACUCCUGUUACAUUUUUAACCCCGUGGACAAAGUCAGGUCCUUCAGUGAAGCGCAGGGAGAAUGUGAGAAACUCGGGGCCACAAUGGUGACCGUGGACAAUAUAGACGUCAGAAAUUUCCUGGUCGAUCAGCUACAAAAUCUGACAGAUCCUACUGGGGAAUGGUUGACUGGCGGGAAGCGCCAUGGCAAUGAGUGGGUGUGGGAGAAAACCGGACAAACCGUCAACAUCACCGUUAUCGACUGGGGCCGUGGGGAACCGAACAAUUCUGGUAAUUGUCUUAGCCUCUGGAAGAAUCAUGACUACAGAUUUGCCGACGUCUGGUGUAGCGGAUCCCCAAGGAACUUUAUCUGUGAAAAAUCGCCCAGUUAAAUCCUGUUUUCAAUAAAGAAAUGCUGGCAACC